GAGAGCUUGCCUCCGCAUAAAUACCAGAGCAAGUGGACUCUUUCAAUUCCUGUGAAGAACCCAAACCGCGAAACUGCCGCAGCUCUUCCCCGCCGGUAGAAAUGGAGGCGUUUGCUGCAUCUUCAUCUGGUUCAAAUGGGCCGGGUCACAUUGGCAUAGCCGAAUCAUACACAAGGCUCCCUUUUCUGUACUUCUCGUUGAUGCUUGUUUGGUUUCUUUCUGUUUGUUUAUGGACCUAUCACACUUGCCGCACCCGCCAUUUUCAGAUAAAUAAAUUGCAGUGGACAUUAACUUCCGUUCCCCUAAUCAAAGCGUUACAACUUAUGCUAUGCUUCCUCUUCUGGUCUUCAUGCUUCUAUGCACAUGUAUGCUCGUUGUUGAUAUCUUUUGGGGUAUAUUUGACAGGAGUCCUUUCUCAGGCAGUGACAUUUGUUGCAUUCUUAAUUAUCUCUCAUGGAUAUUGCAUCACCCGUGAGAGUCUAUCUGUAUUUGACCGUCGAACUACUGCUUCCCUUGGCUGUGUUUUCUACUUAACUCUUAUUGGCUAUCGAGCUUCCAUACCUUAUUUCUCAGUUCUCCUGGUGCUCAACUAUUCCAUACUGUUUUAUGUGAUAUUCAGCCACAUAUAUCAGAACUUGUUGCUAUUACGGGAACAAUUGACCAUUGUUGAAAAUGAGGAUGUCCCUGGUAUGCAUGAUGCGAUAUACAUGAAGUAUACCAUGUUGAAGAAAUUUCAAUGUGCUAUGCAUAUUGUGGCUGUUGCAGAACUUGCAGUUAUGAUAUUCAUAAACAUGGAAAGUUCGGUGGAUUCCUACUGGCUUCGGUUGUUGAUUCGUGAAUGGGCACACUUCUCUAUUAUUUUAUUCAUUGGGUGGACUUUCAAAUCAAAAGACUUGGGAUCUAAUUUUGGUGUUACAUUAAAACCUGAAGGCAAGAGAAGAUUGCCUCCUAUCUAUAGCAUUGAAAUGGAUGGAGCUACAUUUAGAGACUUCAACAGCCAUGAGUGGCACAUUGGUGUGCCGACUUCAUCUUCCAAAAAGGGAAGCUUGCCAGGUUCAGUUUUGGUUGUAAUUCAGCACCCCCGCAUGAUGAAGUCAAUAUCAGCUCUCACCACAUCCUAACUCAUCCUGGAGAAAUGCUGAUAGACGAAGACUGGAAACUAAUGAAGGAUAAAGGCAUUGACUUGAUGAUCGUAUAACUAUAACUAUAACUAUGAAAUGUUUGAAUUCAAAUUUUGGUAACUUUUAUGUAAAUAUUUAGUUAUUUACACUCCGCAAAUAGCACAGACAAGAUGUGCAGUGCAAGCCUGCAAAAAGUUAUAUAGACAAAAUUGCGGCUGCAGAUGGUUGAAU